CAUCACAACACGAAGCAGGAAGUGCCUGAAUCCAAGCUCGUAUUGCUGUCACAGGACUCUGGGUGUGAGAGUAAAACACAGAAGCGUCAGAGUCAGUAUGGCAGGCCGGCUCUCUCUCCCCGAGGUGGACCUCUCCUGUUCCAUAUGCUGUGAAAUCUUCAGGGACCCCGUGGUCCUCAAGUGCAGCCACAGCUUCUGUGCACCCUGCCUGCAGCAGUACUGGACUCAAGGGGCCCGGAGACGAGACUGCCCUCUGUGCAGGAGCCAGAGUGUGGAUGACCCCGUGCCCAGUCUCACCCUGAAGAACCUGUGUGAGGCCUACAUCCAGGAGAGCGAGGGUCCCGAGGAGACCGAGGGGGGGGAGCUGUACUGUGAUCCGGGGGUGAUGUGCCCUCUUCACGGGGAGAGGCUUAAGCUUUACUGCAUACCGGACAAGGAGCCUAUCUGUGUGGUCUGCCACACCUCCAGGAAGCACAAACAGCACGACUGUUGCCCUGUGAGCGAGGCAGUCGUGGAUGUGAAGGAGAAGAUGACGUCUGCCCUCACCUCAUUGCAGGAGAAGAGAAACGCUUUUGACAAAAUGAAGAAAAACUAUGAGGAUGUUGCGGCAUUUCUUCAGGUCCAGGCUCGCUUUGUGGAGCGACGGACCAGGGAGGAGUUCGAAAAGCUUCACAGCUUUCUUGACGCCGAGGAGGAAGCCAGGAUGGAGGCGCUUAAGAGGGAGGAGGAGCAGAAGAAUCGAGCGUUGAUGCAGGAGAUCGAAGAAAUCACCAGAAAUAUAACGUCUGUGUCUGAAUCCAUCUCACUUUUAGAGGAGGUGAUAGCUCAGGAGGGAAUCUCUAUCCUUCAUAAAUGCAAGACGACAUUGGCAAGAACUAACAGCCCAAUUGAGGAUCCAGUCAUGCCUCCUGGAGCUCUCCUGGAUGUGGCCAGAUAUCUGGGGUCUCUGAACUUCCAUGUGUGGGUGAAGAUGCAUAAAACUGUCAAAUUCACUCCGGUGACUCUGGACCCAAACACCGCCGCCCCUUGGCUCGUCCUGUCAGAAGACCUCGCCAGCGUCUGCGACAGUGACGAGAAGCAGAAGCUGCCGGACAACCCGGAGAGGUUCGACCCCGACACCGGCAUGCUGGGCCGCGAGAGCUUCACCUCAGGCAAGCACGCCUGGGUCGUCAACGUGGGAGACAACACGGCGUGGGUCGUCGGCGUGGCCAAGGAAUCCGUCCAGAGGAAGGAGAAAGUGUCUUCAGUGCUCAAGAACGGCUACCUGAGCGUGUACUUUUACCACAACAUGUACUUUGCAGGCACCUCUCCUUUAACGAGGCUCACCUUGAAGAGGAACCCGCAGAGGAUCAGAGUGCAGCUGGAUUGUGACAAGGGCAGGGUGUCCUUCUACGACCCGGAUGACAACACCCACAUCUACACCUUCAAGCACGCAAUCACUGAGCGGGUCUUCCCUUACUUCUGGGUGGGCUGUCAGCAGUGUCCUUUGACGCUGGAACCGGUGGAAGUCUCUGUGAAGGCUGUUGAAUAUUUCUGAAAGUGCAUUUCCAUUUCCUAACUUUUACUUCUACUCAGCACAAAAGGAGUAGGAGCUUUUUUUUUUUUUUUUUUUUUUUCACACAGUAUGAGGGGAACAUUCAGAAUUUCAAAUCAAAUUGCAUAAUACCAGCACUUUCUUUCCCGGUCUAAUUAAAUGUCUUAUACGAUCAGCUCAAAACAUAAUGAAGGUUUUUGUCUGUACACACUUUCCUCUCAGCACUUUAAUCUUCUAUAAAAAAAAAAGUCCUGCUAUUUCUUCAAAAGUAUAAAUGCAAAAUAGCAUAAUAUGUGUUUUAAAAACUAACCAGAAGUGUGGCUGUUGUUUGAUGGAUCAAAGUUUGUAACAUGAUUCUUAAUUUGUAUGUUAAACUCUGAAUGAGAGUAUUCAUCUUCAUGUUUUUUUUUUUGAAGCCCAAUUUUGUUCAUAACAACAUAAAUUGCAAACACUUGAUAUGCUUUGUGUGCAAAAACUAUAAUGAGAAUACUAAUCUACAAAUAAAUUAUUUGCAAAUCUCA